AUGUCAAACGAGAAUGAAAAGUCGCUGAAUCUAAAGGGAUCAACUUGGCCACCUGAUUAUAGCCAAUAUAAAGAUCUAUCUGAUGAUGCACUUGACCAAAUAGUAGAAAACGAAGCACAAAAUACACAGGCACCAGAAGCAUACAAGGUACUCUUUGGUCGAUUGCUAACCUAUUGCCGGUCAAUCACAGAAAGCAACAACAGAUACCAACAACAGAUACAUCAGUUGAAUACCAAGUGCGAGAAUUAUCUACGAUACAUUGAAGCGGCCCGCGAGAAUUUUGAGAAUGUGAGCGAGCUUUAUAAAGAAGAGCAUAUUCGUGUAUUGAACCUGAGAGAAGAUAAACUUGAAUUACGGUUACAAAUUGAAACAUACAAGAACGAGCUCAAGCAAGCAGCACAGCAAUUAUCCGAGACUCAAAAGGCAAGAGAAGAAGUUAUUCAGGAACAUGAGCGUUACAAAGAACUCGCUGGUAGAAAUGCAGAGAAGCAGGGUUUGGGAAGAAAGAAUUUGGAAGAAACUUUGGUAGAAAAGGAACAACAGGUAGAAGAGCUUCAAAAGGCGGUAGCACAGCUGCAGAAUCUUUUGAGUUUGAAGGAAGUCGAAAUUAGGGAAUUGAAUACUAGAAACAAGGCUAUCAGCAUUGUUUUAGAAGGUACAAGGCAUUUACAACAACAACAACAACAGCAACAGCAGCAGAAUCAUUUGAACUUUUCCUAA